ACAUUGAUUUUGUUACGUAGACCACUGAAUGAGGAAUUGAACUUCUGCAGGGGUUGCUCUCUCGCAGCAGUCUGAGAAGUUAAAUAACUCUGCCGAAAGAGAAAUACACUGAGCCAUGAAGAAUGGCUCGCUCGGAGGGGAUUGUAGGCCCCUAACGACCUUUGUCAGGACUGACACCAACACCUUCCGAGAGAUUGUGCAGCGCUUGACUGGUCCCUCUGAGGAGACGGACAAUGCAUCAGCGUCGCACAAACCUGGAGGAGGAGCCACGGGUUCCAAUAAGUUUGGAGGCACGAAGAGGCCGACAGCAUCAGCAUCCAGAUCAAGUACCCUGCUCGAAAGAAGGCAAUACAACAGGAACAGACAGAAGCUCCAAAUCGUCAAGCCUCCUACCCGUGCUAGAUCGAUGGGCAGUUUUUCAGCAGAGCUACAUUCUUUCACGCCUAGUCCAGCGCUGACCCCGACUUCCAACUUCUCGAAGCUGUCCCUUGCCCAGGAAAGCACAGAAGAGCCGGCAAUGCUGCUCGUAUUGGACAAGAAAGAAGAAGAGAAGGCCAUCAAAGAGAGCCGAUUCUAUUUGCAUCCCUCGCCCCGAUCUCAGACCCGAGCCAGCCAGCCUGAGCUCCUCGAUCUGUUCCCUCUUACGUCCCCAAGACAAGGGGGGACUGAUUCAGGAGGGGGAUGAGUUAUCAUACUAGU